UAUUCACUACCAAGAUCUCAAGGUAAAUGGAACUUUUGCACAUUUAGACUACAUUAUGGUGUGACAAAAGAAGAGCAUUCCCCAGCUGAAAACACAAACUUUUUAUGUAUAACAUACAGAAUGGCCGAUGGUGAUAUUUACAUUGAGAAACCUUAGUGUAGGAAGUCUAUAAUACAGUGUAAUAUUUUCUUAGCUCAGAGUAUGAAAAGACAACUUAGAUAAAGGCGAUUAAAAUAUGCCCUUUGGUAGCUCACUAUACUGCUAUGUUAAUGUUAUGUGUUUCAUCCUUGCUAUAUGGUAAAUACACCAGGAUGACCCUUUAAAAAAAAAAAAAAAAAUCAGAUUAGCAAUUUUAGAAGGAACAGUGUCCUCUUGUGGUCCAAGAUAUAAACUACACUUUGUUAAAAAAAAUCCUUUUAGAUUCAGCGAGAUGGACUGAGUGCCGGCACACUGCAGUGGAGAUUGAGAGCAUUGCUCCAGCUAACAGAAAGGGCCACAGCGCAGUAGUGUACAAUUCCAGCAUGUACAUCUAUGGGGGAUACUUCGACAUCAAAGGGAUUUCACAAGAGUUUUGGGCUUUACGUUUUGAGACAGGAGAGUGGUCACAGGUAUCUCCACUAUCUUGCGACACUGGUCCAGGACCCCGGCAUGGGCACUCAGCUGUGGUUUAUGGCACGGGCAUGUACCUGUUUGGUGGACUGAUGGGGCUGAGUGAACAGAGGGACCUUUGGAAGUGGGACUUUACAAGCUGCAAGUGGUCCACUAUCAGAACAAGCCAAGGACCUCCAAAAGUGGUGGGACACUCUUCUGUGGUCUUUCAAGACUCCAUGCUGACUUUUGGUGGAGGGAUUUCAAAUUCUAGGCCUAACAACAGCCUGUGGAAGUACCAUUUCAGUUCCCAGAUGUGGGAAAAACUGGCUAGUAACACAGAGGUAAUUCUUUCUUCUAAAAGAUAUCACCGCAUCCUGGGAAUUGGUGUUGGUUUCCAGCUGACGCCAGGUUUCUCCAGAGCAUCCCCCAUCAAUCACUGGUGUCCAAAGGGGAAAGAGCCUCAAAAAUCGCCGGCAGUUUCGAAGCAGCGGGCCCUUUUUCAUGGCUACUUUCGCCAGCAGCAUGUACACCAACCAUGCGGCAACGAGAUAGAAAUGAAAACCUUUAGCCAGCCUCUGGAGCCAUUGGGCUUUUGCUCAUUCCAAACCUCUUCAGAUGCACAGCUGUGUGCAGACAAAGCACAGAGCAUGUUUUCCAAAAAUGAGCAUCUCUCCCAUUGCAGCUCUUCCAAAGAACAAGCUCUCGCUGCCGCUGAAGUUACAAAAAAUAGGAGAGGAACUGACUGUUGGCCUGAGAGACCUACAAGUAUGGCAAGUACCAACCAUCCUGAUAUGCUGCUCCUGAUUGGGGGCAAGCCUCUGUCCAGUCUCUGUGAAAUCUCACUCUGGCAAAUGGAGCUGAACAGCAUUUAAAUGACUUACACAUACGGAGGGAGAAGAGAGCCAUUCCCACCUGCUUCUCAGCAGAACUACGAAGGAAGUAUUUUAUCCAAUGGCCUACUGCACAUUCUGGAUGAAAAAUAGUCUUCCUAAUACCUGACCUGCACUUCUUUUUAUACAGUCUCUGUUCAUGCUCCUGGUUUUGUGCAGUGGAGAGAUUCCUACCCAGAUGCUUGUUGGAUCCUCUUUUAACCCAAAAUUACAGUAGAUCUCCUUGCAACCCUCUCCCUGAGGGGAACCUGUUGAGCUCCUGAUUCCACCCUUCUCUAUAGUUGCCUUGUCUUUUGGCCACUUUCUAAGUCUUCUUUUUUUUUUUAAGUUGGUGGCCAAUUCUGUGUACAGAUCAUGGAACCCUUUAGGUUAGAAGGGUCAUAGAAUCCUAGUGGGUCCUUCUAGGCCUUACAAGCACUAUUUAUAGAGUAAAGUGUGCCAAUUGUACCUUGACUUACACCCAGGCAACCCCAUCAACAUCAACACAAUGUA